CAUGAUUAAACAUCUUAAUACACGAAUACAAGUUCUGCUAUCAAAUAUCUCAUACAUUUUCUGAUUUUGUAUUUAUACUUUCGUGUUGAAACUAAUUAAAAAUGGGAUCUAAUGCUUUUGAAGUUCUAACUUUCUUUUUUAAAGAUUAUAAAGCAAAUACUCCUCAAAAAUUAAAAAUUAUUGAUGCUUAUCUUUUGUAUAUUCUUCUUACCGGCAUCAAUCAAUUCUUAUAUUGCUGUCUUGUUGGAACAUUUCCCUUUAAUUCCUUUCUUUCUGGCUUUAUAUCUUGCGUUGCUUCUUUCGUACUUGGCGUGUGUUUGAGACUUCAAGUAAAUCCACAAAACAGCAGUAACUUCUGUGGGAUCCCACCUGAAAGAGCUUUUGCUGAUUUCAUUUUUGCUCAUGUUGUUCUCCAUUUAGUUGUCAUGAAUUUCAUUGGUUGAUUUUUUUUUUUCUUCAUAAAUGUAAGUUUGGAAAAAGUGAAUCAUCUAUAAAUAAUGUAUUUUCUUCAUAUGUAUGUUUUUCUGAAUUCUAUGGCAAAUGAAAAAUG